AUCUGUAUACCCCUUUUCUCCUUCUCCCCUCGCGCCGUCUUUCUUUCUGCCCUCAAAACCUUCCUCACGUCACAAUCAUGGCCCCCAGAGUAAUUGUCGUCGGUGGCGGCCUUUCUGGUCUGUCUGCUGCCCACACCAUCUACCUGAACGGUGGCAACGUCGUCGUUCUCGACAAGCAGGGUUUCUUUGGUGGUAACUCUACCAAGGCCACCUCCGGUAUCAACGGUGCCUUGACCCGCACCCAGGUCGACCACAACAUCCGCGACAGCGUCAAGCAGUUCUACGACGAUACCCUCAAGUCUGCUCGUGACCAGGCUCGCCCUGACCUCAUCAAGGUCCUCACCUACAAGUCCGCCGCUGCCGUUGAGUGGCUGCAGGAUGUGUUCAACCUCGACCUGACGCUGGUCUCCCGACUUGGUGGCCACUCCCAGCCCCGAACCCACCGAGGCCACGAUGCCAAAUUCCCCGGUAUGGCCAUCACCUACGCUCUGAUGCAGCGCAUCGAGGAGCUUGCCGAGGCCGAGCCCCACCGUGUUGAGAUCAUCAAGAAGGCCCGCGUUACCAGCCUGAACAAGGAGGGCAACAAGGUCACUGGUGUUACCUAUGAGCUGAACGGCGAGACCGCCAGCCUGGACGGCCCCGUCAUCCUCGCCACCGGUGGUUACGCCGCUGACUUUGGCGAUGGCUCUCUUCUCAAGAAGCACCGCCCUGAGCUCAUGGGUCUUGCUACCACCAACGGCACCCACGCCACUGGUGAUGGUCAGAAGAUGAUCAUGGCCAUCGGCGGUAACGGCGUCGACAUGGACAAGGUCCAGGUCCACCCCACUGGUCUCGUCGACCCCAAGGACCCUGGCAACAAGUGGAAGUUUUUGGCCGCUGAGGCUCUGCGUGGUGAGGGUGGUCUCCUUCUCAACGCUGAUGGUGACCGAUUCUGCGAUGAGCUCGGCCACCGUGACUACGUCUCCGGCAUGAUGUGGAAGGAGAAGGACAAGGGCAAGUUCCCCAUCCGCCUCAUUCUCAACUCCAAGGCCUCCAACGUCCUGGACUUCCACACCCGCCACUACUCUGGCCGUGGCCUCAUGAAGAAGAUCACUGGCCAGCAGCUCGCCAAGGAGAUUGGCUGCACUCCCGAGCACCUCCAGAAGACAUUCCAGACCUACAACGCCAUUGCCGAGGGCAAGCAGAAGGAUCCUUGGGGCAAGAAGUUCUUCCACAACCUGCCCGUCGAUAUCAACGACGACUUCCACGUCGCUCUCAUGGAGCCCGUCCUCCACUUCACCAUGGGUGGUGUUGAGAUCAACGACAAGUCCCAGGUCCUCAACCAGGAGAAGCAGCCUUUCGAGGGUCUCUUCGCCUGUGGUGAGCUGGCUGGUGGUGUUCACGGUGCCAACCGUCUUGGAGGUUCCUCCCUGCUUGGCUGUGUCGUCUACGGCCGUGUCGCCGGUGACAGCGCCAGCAACUACCUCUUCCAGCAUGCCCUCCAGGGCACCGCCGGCGCUGCUCAGCGUCUGGGCCAGAUCUCCCUGCACCUCGACCCCUCUGCUCCCGGUAAGCUGACCGUCGAGUGGGCCAACGGCGCCGUUGCCGGCUCCGCUCCCGCUCAGGUUGCCGAGAAGCCCGCCGCUUCUGAGGCCGGUGCCAAGGAGGCUUCCAAGCCCAAGGCCUUCUCCAUCCCCGACAAGGAGUUCACCUUGGAGGAGAUUGCCAAGCACAACAAGAAGGACGAUCUCUGGGUUGUCGUCAAGGGUGUUGUCCUGGACCUGACCAACUGGCUUGAGGAGCACCCCGGUGGUGUCAACGCUAUUCUCAACUUCAUGGGCCGUGACGCCACCGAGGAGUUUGAGAUGCUGCACGACGACGAGGUCAUUCCCAAGUAUGCCCCUAGCCAGGUCAUUGGCCGCGUCAAGGGACAGAAGGUCACUCUCGAGAUUUAAGAGGGGAGAUGAAGUGUAAUGGCAUGUAUGAAAACAAAGGGCUCUUGAGAUGAAAAUUGGGAGAAAGAGGAGGGAUCAAUGAUGGCAUCUACGAAUGAGAGAUGCGUAUACUAUUAUGAUGAUUGUCAAGGGGGCAAGCCUUUACCGUGCUUUUGCUCACCACGACGGGCCGCUAGACUGGCUUUUUACAGGCGCACUGGGCUUGGUUGUUUGAUAUGUGGUUUUUAUGUAGUGUACGGAUAGCUAUAUUUGCAUAUAAAUCAAUUGUUUUGAUCAAUCC